UGUAUUGGCGCGUAAGAACAUGCGAGUUCGUUGCGAAUGAUUUAAAACAUAUAGUGCGGGCAAUAUGGAAGCUAAAAAAAUGGCAUCUUCGGAGAAUCAGAUGAAAUAUAAACAUCUUCCCCCUGACGGGGGAUGGGGCUAUGCUGUUGCCGUUGCCUCAACAGUGAUUUUUGUAGUAACCAUUAUUCCAAUGGCUGCAUUUGGUUUAAUAUUUGGAAAUUUUUUGUCAUCCGUGGGGGACGAAACAACUGGGACAACAUUGGCGAACGGGAUUUUCAAUACCGUCAGCUCGUUUAUGGGAUUAAUCGUGAAUGUGCUUUUGAACAUGUAUUCGUUUAGAAAAGUAGCAUUUGCUGGUUCGCUAAUAUUUUCUCUUGGUACUAUUGGAGUUAUCUUUUGUACUAAUAUGGCACAAUUCAUAAUUUCCUUUGGAGUUAUUGAAGGUAUCGGUUUCGGCCUACUGAUGCCAGCAGCUUUUUCAGCAUUGAAUUCCUAUUUUGACAAAAAAAUGGCAUUGGUGAUGAGUGUCUCGCAAGCGAUAAUGGUAGCCGGAAAUAUGUUCAUGCCAAUUUUAGCCGCCUACUUUAUCAACAUCUUAGGUUUUAGAGGAACUUUGAUAGUCAUAGCUGUUUUAAGCUUGUGCAGUUUUCCUUGUGCGGUCGUGCUUCAACCAGUGCAAUGGCACUGCAAAAAGGUUGCCAUAGAAGAUGAAAUUGUGCUCGACGUAGAUAUUCAUUCCCGGGGAAAGACAAGGUCAUUAGGAGAAGACGUGCUAAAGUCUCAGAUCGAACCGCUGAUGCAUCAGAACGAGCAGUAUAAACACUUAGGUGCCAGCCGCAGAUCGCUUCACCACAAAGUACUCGAGAACAACUUCAUUCCGCCAAAACCAAGAUCUUUAAUUAUAGGGCUUGGUGAUCGCGUAGCCUCAGUCACAACCAUACACGACUUUGAAGAUAGCUACGAAACAACCUCGUUUUGGAAGACUUUCGCCGCGUCAAUGGAUAUGUCUUUAUUAAAAGACCUUCAAUAUGUUAACGUGAGCCUCGGUUUAGCCCUUUGUUUCACAGCGGAUGUCGCAUUUUUUCCGAUUAUACCUUUAAUUUUGGGUCACAUCGGACUUAGUUCCAGAGAAAUAGCGUUUAUGAUGUUUACCUACUUUGCAUCUGACUUGCUUUCUCGAAUUUUGCUUUCUGUUGCAUCUGGGAUUGUAAGAUUUAAGAGCAGAUAUUUGGUUUUAGGAGGAGCAGCGUUAAGUGCAAUAUUUAGGUUUACAUUCGUGUGCAAUGACACCUAUCUGUGGAAAAUAUCGCUCCUUGCCGUUUUGGGCUUCCUACGUUGCUUCAUUCAGACUCCUUUGCCGUUGGUUUUAUCAGAGGAAUAUCCAGAAAAUUUUGCAACCGCCUUCUCUCUCUAUAUGGCCGUGAACGGUGCAGUGAGUUUGAUAUGCGGACCUGUUAUGAGUGCUGUGAAGUCCUUUACCGGCAGCGAUGUUAUGGUUUGCAAUAUCUUGACCGCAUUAUACGCAAUAUGUGUUGUCGCAUGGGUAAUCGAAUUUGUAUGCAGAAGGGGAAAAACUGAUAGUAAAUUAAGUAAUGUAAUUAGAAACUAGCGAACGAUUUAUAUAUAUUUAUAUAUGUGU